AUGGCGCAUGCCAAACCGGAUAGCCAUGACUGUGAAGCAGCCAUCCCGGAAUCAGACCGGCUGUACUUAAACGUGGGUGGCACUGUUUUCAUCACGUCGCGCUUCACCCUGAGACGCUAUCCCUACACCCGGCUAGGCAGGCUGGCCAUGACCUCGCUACAGGAACUCCACUUCGACAGGGACCCUAGACUGAUGGGUUUUAUCCUCGAUCUCUACAGAACAGGACAGCUCCAUGUACCUAGAAACUGCUGCAGCAUGGCUAUGAAAUGCGAGAUGAAGUUCUGGGAUAUACCAACCGACCUAGUGUCCGAAUGUUGCUGGACAGUGUUUGAGGAAGGCGACAGAAGGCAGGUGAUCAUUGAUGACAUCGACAAGACGCUCAA